AUGAAGUCGGUACUUGUCAGCCUCUCGGCUUUGGUUGGGCUAGCACAGGUCGUGGUCGGACAACAGUCCGUAUGGGGUCAAUGCGGUGGCAUUGGAUAUGCAGGCGCUACUGUCUGCGCUUCUGGGUCUUGCUGUACCUAUCAGAACGCAUACUACUCUCAAUGUCUCCCGGGGAGCUGUAACCCAAGUGGAACCCAAACCACAACAAUGGUAACCACGACAUCUCGAGCCGCCACCUCUACGACGACGAGCGCGAACAACCCCGGUAGUACCGCCCUCUCACCUGGAUGCGGCAAGGGGGCCACCCUGACAAGCGGCACGAAGUCCAUGACCGUCAACGGAAAGUCACGACAGUAUAUCCUUCGUGUCCCAAAUAACUACGAUCAAAACAAACCAUACAGGCUUAUCUUCGGUCUUCACUGGCUUAGUGGAACAAUGACAGAUGUGGCCACAGGUCAAACCGUGCAAAGAGAUGUCUGGUCUUACUACGGUCUCCAGCAACUCGCUAGCGAAAGUGCCAUAUUUGUCGCUCCUCAAGGUCUAAAUAACGGCUGGGGAAACUCUGGCGGAGAGGACAUCACCUUUAUUGACCAAAUUAUAUCGACUGUUGAAGCCGGACUUUGCGUCAACCAGAAGCUGAGGUUUGCAACCGGUUUUAGCUACGGCGGUGCAAUGUCCUUCUCUCUCGCAUGCACUCGCGCAAGUGCUUUCCGCGCUGUGGCUGUUUUGUCUGGUGGCCAAUUGAGUGGCUGCAAUGGUGGAAACGAUCCAGUUGCGUACUUGGGUAUUCACGGUAUCUCAGACUCGGUUCUCAAUAUUUCCGGAGGCCGCACCCUUCGGGAUAGGUUCGUCAGGAACAAUGGUUGCAGCUCAAUGUCCCCGAGAGAACCAUCUCAAGGAAGUCUUACACAUGUUAAGACGGAGUACACCGGUUGUAGGAGUGGCUAUCCAGUCACAUGGAUUGCGUUCGAUGGAGGCCACAUUGCUGCACCUCGGGAUGGCGCUGGAGGCGAUAGCGGCGCAACUUUCGCAUCUCGAGAAACUUGGAGUUUCUUCAGCCAAUUCACCUAG